GAUUAAAAUUUAUUAUUACUUUUCUAACAUUAUUUUCAUUUUGGUUUGAUGGAUGUUUAAAGAUAGUAUAAGAUGUGGAUUUUAAAGUUGAUAACCGAUGAUACGAAGAGAUUUGAUAAGGGUUAGUGUUUGAGAGGAGAAUGGUGAAGGAUGAUAUUUUUAGAUUUAUAAAACGAUUAUUUUUGAGUGAGUGAUGUUUGGAGAUGAUCGUUUUAAAGAGAGAAAGAGAUUUAAAUAAAAUGAGUGCUCUCAUCAGGAAUCUCAAUCGUAAGAGAUUAAAAUUUGUAAUUUUUUAGAUGGGGUGGAGUAUUUAGAAGGGGAGUUUGGUUGGCUCAUAUUUAGUCUUUAAAUUGGCUCCAAUUUCAUAAGUUGACUAAGAAUUUUGUCAAAUAUAGUUAUUUAGUUUCUUUAUCUUUAUAUAAUAAUUAUACUUAUAACUUUUAUAAUUAUUUAUUAUUGUAUUAUGUCUAUAAUAGUUAUUUUUUAUAAUUUUUUUCGUCUGAAUUUUUUUCCUACUUGGUUGAGGACAUGAAUAAAGUAAUUUCACUGGUCUGUUAAUUUAAUACUCCCUCUAAUUCACACCAAUUAUCCCAUUUAAUUUUUUCACUUUAUCCAAUAUACUAAUUCACUCUUAAAUAUCUUUAUUUGUGUAUAAUUAAAAAUUAUAAAAAGUUUAUAUUACAAAAAUUUACAUUGAAAUGAAUCAAAUAGGAUCUCACUUGAUUAUAUUUUAACACCUAGAUUAUGAAUAAAUUACAAAUUAAGAGUGAUCAAUGAAUAGUCAAAAAAUCAAUUGAGACAUUUGCUCUGAUUUGGAGGGAGUAGAUAACUGCAAGAAUAUUAUAAGUUCUGUUAUUAUUGCUUUUCUAAAUAAUAAAAUCCAUACCAAAAUUAUCCUAAAUUUUACUUAAUUGUAAAACAUAAAAAAAAUUAAAAUUUCUUGUAUAAAAGGUAGUUUUUUUUUAGAAAAAUCUUUUAAGAUAGUUCCUAAAAGUUUUCUUUUGAAUAAUCGUCAUUGGAUGAAUUUCCCUCUUGUUAAACUUUGGUGUCAUUUUCUCUCCACCGCUUUACAGAUAAAAGUAAUCUUAGCUUAUGACAAUUAAAAAAAUCUUAUGACAAAACCCACAAGAUUACACAAAAAAAUAAUUGAUUAUUUCUAUAAAUUUAUUAAUACUAGGACCUAAAAGCUAUAACUGGUAGUCCUAUUAAGUAAAAGCACUCAUUAAAUACACUGAUUUUACCACUAAUAAAUUAGAAGAACUAGCAUUUUGUAGUCCCCACCAUUUGCUGUCUCCACCUUCCCUUGCUUUCAUUCAUAGCAGUAAAAUACAAUCUCCCCGAACUAAACCAACCCAUUAAUCAUGGACAUCAAAAACCCCUAAAAACAACCCUCAAUUCUCUAUCAAAAUGACCACAUUUUGCUUCAUUUCUUUUCUUUUACUUCUACUCUUCCUCUCUUGUGAAGCUGCUUUUGGUAUUGGUGUUGGUGUUGGUGUUGGCAUUGGCAUUGGUGGUGGGACCACUGCAGGUGGUGUUUGGGUUGGUGGAGGUGUUGACACUCCAAAUUUACCUUCACAACAACCAUCAUCAUCACCAUCAUCAUCAACAUCACCAUCAUCAUCAUCAUCAUCAUCAUCAUCAUCAAGUUCAAGUCUUGGCAAGGCUUAUACAGCUUUACAAGCAUGGAAAUCAGCAAUUUCUGAUGACCCAAAUGGGGUUUUAGCCACAUGGGUAGGUCCAAAUGUAUGCAACUAUAAAGGGGUUUUUUGUUCUUCUCUUCAAGAUAACUAUGUUGGUGAUUCUCCAGUCUAUUCCUCUGUUUCUGCCAUAGAUCUCAACCAUGCAAAUCUCAAGGGUGUUCUUGUUAAAGAACUCUCUUUGAUCACUGAAUUAUCCGUACUCCAUCUUAACACUAACAGAUUUUCUGGUACAAUCCCUCAAACCUUUAAGGACCUUCAAUAUCUCACUGAAUUAGACCUCAGUAACAACCAAUUUUCAGGCACAUUUCCUACCUCUGUCCUUUACAUGCCAAAUCUGAUGUAUUUGGACCUCAGAUUCAACAACUUUUAUGGGUCAAUUCCUGAAGAUCUUUUUAAUAGAAAUCUUGAUGCAAUUUUCAUCAAUAACAAUCAAUUUAGUGGGCAACUUCCACAAAAUAUGGGUAAUUCUCCUGCUUCUGUGAUCAAUCUAUCAAACAACAAGUUUUCUGGUGGGAUUCCUGCAAGUUUAGCUUAUGUAAACACAGCAUUAAAAGAGAUCCUUUUUAUAAACAAUCAAUUAAGUGGGUGUAUUCCAGAUGGUUUAGGAUUGUUCUCUGAUAUUACAGUUCUUGAUGUUAGCUAUAAUUCAUUGAUGGGUCAUUUACCAGAUUCACUUUCCUGCCUUGAAGACAUUCAAGUGUUGAAUUUGGCACAUAACAAGCUAUCUGGGGAGUUACCAGAUUUGGUUUGUUCACUCAAAAAUCUACUAAAUUUUAGUAUUGAAUAUAAUUUCUUUUCUGGGUAUAGUCAAAAAUGUACAAAUAUAUUCUCAAGAAGUGGUGGGUUUGAUCUAUCAUUGAAUUGUAUUCCUGGUUUAGGGAUGCAAAGGCCUUCACCAGAGUGUUAUGGAGUUCCUAGUUCAACUGAUAGUUGUAUUAGAAUCCCUUCAACUAAACCACUUGUUUGUGGGUCUUUGCUUGAUCUUGUUCUAAGCAUUGGAAAUGUCCAACUUUCUCCUUGAAUUAUGGGAAAAGUUAUUAACAAGAUAUAAUUAGUUGUAAUUUAGUGUUGUAAAAGAGAUUACUUAAAGAUAUGCUAUCUCAUUUAGUUUUGAUAGUUAA